AUGGGAGCAGCGUUAAUAUUGCUGCUUAUGGCAGCAUUAAUCAACCCUAAUAGUGGUGAAGGAAAUGACAAUGGCCCAGAUCAUCAGCCUGGUGGACACCAUCUUCUUCGUCGUGGUGAUGAUCGGGGUCCAGAUCAUCAGCCUGGUGGACACCAUCUUCUUCGUCGUGGUGAUGAUCGGGGUCCAGAUCAUCAACCUGGUGUACACCAUCUUCUUCGUCGUGGGGAUGAUCGUGGCCCAGAUCAUCAGCCUGGUGGACACCAUCUUCUUCGUCGUGGUGAUGAUCGUGGUCCAGAUCAUCAGCCUGGUGGACACCAUCUUCUUCGUCGUGGUGAUGAUCGCGGCCCAGAUCAUCAGCCUGGUGGACACCAUCUUCUUCGUCGUGGUGAUGAUCGUGGUCCAGAACAUCAGCCUGGUGUACACCAUCUUCUUCGUCGUGGUGAUGAUCGUGGCCCAGAUCAUCAGCCUGGUGGUC